UCAUCAUGCGACACCGGAGACCACGUGGUAUCCGCAAAGUCAAGCGAGAUCACGGAAUAAACAGCGAGCUCUCGUCUGACAGAUUACAACAUUAAACCGCUAACCCGUGUUGUCUGGGGCGGGUGUGAAGAUGAACAGCGUCGGCGAGGGCUGCACGGAGCUCAAGCGCGAGUAUGAUCAGUGUUUUAACCGCUGGUUCGCCGAGAAAUUCCUUAAGGGAGACCGGAGCGCCGAUCCGUGCAGCGAGUUAUUCCACAAAUACCACACGUGUGUUCAGAAAGCCAUCAAGGAGAAGGACAUCCCUAUAGAAGGUGUGGAAUUCAUGGGCCCAAACAGAGAGAAACCGGACAGCUGAUGGCCUGGUUUUGUUUUGUAUGGACUAGAACAGAUGUGUUGCCAUCAGGACGCCGUGACACACAGACUGCAUCACUGACCCGCCGAUGGACACUCACUGUUGAGACUAAAACUGUACAUUCAGUGCUUUGCCUGUUAGUUAAUUAUUAUUCGAGAGGGUUGUUUGGCAUGUUUGAGCUGUCAGCGAAACAAAUAUGCAGGGAAAUGCAUUGUGCAUGUGUGCAUUAAAAUGAAACUGGUUUCUAUGGAAGCUUGUUUCUACCAUGAAAUAAUAAAUAAAUAAUUAAAAAAAAAAGUUAUUUGCAACUUUCUCUCACAAUUCAGAUUUUUUUCCAGACUUUUUCCCUUUCAAUUCAGAGUUUACAUCCGGCAAUUCUCUUUUUUUGUUUAUUUCACAGAAAAAAAAGAAGGCUUUUUAAUCACAGUUGCAAGUUUUUUUUUCUCCUCAGAGUUUACAUUUCACAGUUUUUUUUUUCCAUCUAAUAAAUUGCAAAUACUUUUUUUUUUUAAAUCUCACAAUUUAGACUUUAUUUUUUCAAAAUAGCAAGCUAUAUCUCACAAUUGCUCAGAGUUAUGUAUAUAAUAGUUAUAACUCAUCAGAAUUGCAAAUUACAAACUAGUUAGUUUACAUUUUAGAUUUAUUUUUUUAUUCAACGACCACAAAAAAAAAGUAAUUGCAACUAUGUAUCUUACAAUUCUGAUAUAUUUUUUUUCUGAAUUCUGAGUUUAUAUUUUGCUUUUUAGUGUUUUUUUCCCCCACAGAAUAUUGACUAUUAAACUUCUUGCAUCUUGCAAGUUUACUUCUCACAAUUAUGACUCUUUUCUCAGAAUUGUUAAAAAAAAAAAAAA